UUCUAAUUCUACCCUAUCUAUCAUAGCGAAUAGAUCAGAUAUUUGUAAGAACUUUCCUAUUAGUGUAGAAUCUGUCAUUAAGGGUAGGAUGAGCUUAUUCACUAUCAAAAAAAAUAAACAAUCAUCACUCCAGAAUCUAAUCCAAAUGAACUAUUCUAGUGAUAACUUGUCUACGUUGAUAGGAAUAAUUUGGGAGCAUGAAGAGACAAAAGCUUGGAGGAAUAAUAUACUCAUGAAAUUUCUCCAUCACUCGAAUUUAACUCCUUCGAAACAUAGACCAGGCACUUUAUAUGAUGCAUUUACCAAGACAAAUGCUUUAGAACUGGAACAUAUAUUAGCUCUAAUGCGAGCACUUGAUUAA